AUGCGUUUUAUCAUUUUACAAAGCACUUGUGCAUGGCAGGUGCCUUACAAAGUUCUGCCGAAAGAGGAGCUUCAAAAGCAGCGAAAGAGGGCCCUGCACGAAGUGAUGAGCGUGCUGGAAGUUCCCGAAGAUGUAGCUAUGCGUGUUUUACGAAAAUAUAAGUGGGACGUCAGCCGCGUACAGGAAGAAUGGUUUUCAAAGUAUGAGCAGGUUCGGCAAUCGCUGGGGCUGGUCGAUGAGGAGCCGACGCCGUCGGGGCGCGAAGAGCGUUGCCUAAUUUGCUUUGAUAGCUAUCCCUUGCAUGAAAUGCGGUCAGCUGCAUGCAAGCACUAUUUUUGCAAGGAGUGCUGGCGGGGCUACAUUUCGAACGCGCUUUCCUCGGGACCGGCCUGCCUGGACCUACGCUGCCCGUCCACGGAGUGCAAGGGGAAAGCUUGCGUGCCUUCAUGCCUGAUAAUGGAGCUGGCGAGCCCGGACGAUAAAGCCAAAUACGCCUCUUACAUGAUCAGGUCGUAUGUGGAGGAUAACAACGCGAUGUCUUGGUGCACAGGCAAGAACUGCGAGAACGCUAUCGAGUGCCUUGUCGACCGAGCUCCCGGCGAGCCACUGGAUGUCCUGUGUACCUGCUCAGCAACCUUUUGCUUUAACUGCAAGGAGGAAGCGCACCGGCCGGUGUCAUGCGAGACCGUGACCAAGUGGCUGACCAAGAACAGUGCAGAAAGCGAAAACAUGAAUUGGAUCCUCGCAAACACCAAGCCGUGCCCCAAAUGCAGCCGGCCCAUAGAAAAGAACCAGGGCUGCAUGCAUAUGACGUGCAGCCAGUGCCGGUUCGAGUUCUGCUGGCUGUGCCAAGGCGACUGGAAGGAGCACGGCGAGCGGACGGGAGGCUUCUACGCGUGCAACCGGUUCGAGACUGCCAAGAAACGAGGCGACUAUGACGAUGAAUCUAGACGCCGUGAGAACGCGAAGGCGUCCCUUGAGCGGUACAUGCACUACUUUGAGCGGUUUGACGCGCACUCCAAAGCGCGGGAGAAGGCGCGCACCGACGCCAGCAAGGUCUCGAAGGAGUGGCUUGAUCAUUUGGCGGAUAUCACCAAGACGCCUACCUCGCAGCUGAAGUUCAUCAACGAGGCCUGGAACCAGAUUGUGGAGUGCCGCCGGCAAUUGAAGUGGACGUAUGCCUACGGGUACUAUGCAUUUGAAAACGCGGACAAGGACGCCGAGAACGCGCGCCAUAAAACGUUCUUCGAAUUCCUGCAGGGUGACGCCGAGCGCUCGCUGGAGCGGCUGCACGAGGCGGCGGAAAAGGACCUGGGCACGCAUGUGCAGAAGGCACGCAACCAGCUGGACGGUGGCUUCGACGUCGAGUUGUUCCAGAAUUUUCGCAAAAACCUAAUCGGGCUUACGGAUGUAACCGCGGGCUUCUUCGAUAAGCUAGUGAAACAGCUCGAGAAAGGCUUUGGCAGCAUGGAAGCCGACUAUGCGGGGCAGGUGGGACUGGGGAUGUUAUUUUGUUGA